AUGACGGAGACGAAAGCUACCGAGGCGGACGCGAAGCACCAAGGGCGGCCUCGGUUCUUCACGCCGCGCGAGGUGGCAACGCACAAUUUGACCAAGGACUGCUGGGUCUCCAUCAACCACCGCGUGCUCGACCUGUCACCUCUGAUCGAGGAGAAUCCAGGUGCCCUGGUCCAGCCGCUUGUACUCCACGCUGGCGAGGACAUCUCCCACUGGUUCGACCCAGACACUGAGGAUGUAAAAUACCAUAUCGACCCGGAGCGGAACCUGUCCGUGCCGUUCACCCCUUACGGUUGCUUCCUGCACGUGCCCCCUCCGGACCCCACAGCUAAAUGGAGGACGGCUGAUCUGUUGCCGUGGUGGCGUGACCCUCAAUACGUCGUCGGACGCCUCACCAAGAAGGCUCGCUGGCUCGAGGUCGUCAACGUACUCACCCAGCAGCGCCACUCGCUGGAAGUUUGCUGCGAGGAGACGCUGGCCGAGAUCCAGACGCGCUAUCUGCGGCUCAACGCGCACGCCGGCAGCUACACGUGGAAGCACCUGGAGGACGACGAGUUCGUGCCGCUGAACAUGCAGCGCACGCUGGACGAGAACGGCAUCCCGGACGAGUCGCCGAUCUUCGAGCGCUUCGACAUGGACGAGCAGCAGUUCAAGCCCACGCUGCACAUUUACUUCGACGACGAUCUAACCAUCAUGUAA